AUGGAGCUCGUUGCUGAGAGUGGUAAGUUCCUCGUUUUUGAUAUCAGCGAGUCCAGUCCCAAGGAGAUUGGCAACGGCGGUGCGACAACAAUAGCAUACUUCCGCGGAGAUGUGGCCUGUCUGACUGACUGGAGCGAAGCGCUGGCUAGAGUGUUAUUAUCAUAUAAUCACCUCGAUAUAGUAGUCAACAACGCCGGUGUGCUGCACAAGGCUCAACCCUCCAUUGAUCUUUCCGACAAGGAGUGGGAGCAGGUCUGUCGCGUUAACGUCAAGCAGAUACAUCUCAGCACGAAAACCAUCAUCCCAUACUUCGAAGAGGCCACUCAACCAGGCCUGUUCGUCAAUAUAUCCAGCAUGAGUGGUGCUCGACCGCGACCAAAUUUGGUGUGGUAA